AUGUCGGACGAGCAUUCGCAUGCGCAUUCCCAGGGACAUGGACAUGACCACGACCAUGCGCACUCGCAUUCGCACGAGGCACAGGCACCCCACCUUUUCCAAGCGACAUCAUCUACCGACCAACCACCCGAUGGAUGGCGCGAAAGCGGCGUGCGCGUCAUCCCAGGCGACAGCUUAGACGCGAACACGGCGCAGACGCCCGGUAUGCGACGAGCAGCAGCGAUCAACACGGCACGCACGGGUGCGCAGAGACUGUGGGCAGGCACAGUCAAGAUCCACCCCAAUGCAAAGACUGGCGCGCAUCACCACGGCCAUCUCGAGAGCGUUAUCUACGUCGUCAAGGGUAAAGCACGCAUGCGCUGGGGUGACAGUCUCGAGUUCACGGCUGAGGCAGGGCCGGGAGAUUUCAUUUAUGUGCCGCCUUAUGUGCCACAUCAGGAGAUCAAUGCCAACGAGGAGGAGGAGCUGGAGUGUGUGCUUAUGAGGAGUGAUGGCGAGGCUAUUGCUGUCAACUUACCAGAUGUUGUUCCUGUCGAAAAUCCUGAAGGUGUCAAAUGGAUCGACCCGACUCAUCCUACGGGAGGAGUUUGA